AUGACACACACUCGGAGGAAGUCUCUUCCCAUGCUGAGUUCGGGCCCCACAGGCCGCCAGGAGCCCCUGCAAAUGGAAGGCAGCAAUGUGGAACAGCGGACAGAGGGCAUGGAGCCAGGUCCUCCUGAGAGCCCAGAGCACCUUACAGGGCGCCGCAAGAACUACCCACUGCGGAAGCGCCCAUUAGUUCCUGGGAAGCCCAAGACCUGCAAAGUGCUGCUGACCCGCCUGGAGAGUGUGGCUGGUCCACGGAGCGCAGAUGAGGCCGAUGAGCUGCCCCCUGACCUGCCCAAGCCCCCUAGCCCAGCCCCAUCCAGUGAGGACACUGGCCUCUCACAGCCCCGCAAGCGGCGCCUGGCCUCCCUCAACGCCGAGGCCCUCAAUAACCUGCUGCUGGAGCGGGAGGAGACUGGCAGCCUGGUGGGCACCCGCCGUAGCCGAGGAGGAGACGCCCACCGUAGCCGGGACCGCGACCGGGCCGCUGGAGGCUGGGCCUCCUCCAAGAAGCGGCCCCGGCUUGGGAACCUCGGAGAAGGAAGUCGGGACCUGUCUCCAGAGCCGGCACCGGAUGAAGGGGCCCGCAGAGAUGGUGAUCCGACUCCCAAGAGACUGGCCAGCCUGAACGCAGCUGCCUUCCUGAAGCUGAGCCAGGAGCGGGAGCUCCCCCUGCGGCCGCCUCGUGCCCACCCUGAAGCAGAUGGGCACUCUGUGGAGCCACCGGCACCCAAGGGCCUGAGGCCCAAGUGGGCCAAGGUCAAUGGCAAGAACUAUCCCAAGGCCCGACAGGGGGCUGGCCCUGGGGAGGCUGCAGGCCCAGGUUGGCAAGGAUGCCCCGAGGAGCCUUGGCCAUCCGCCCCUCCUUGUGGGCCCGUCAGCCUGCCACCUUACCAGCCCCUGAGCAAGGCUCUGGAGAGCCCCUUGGGGCUGCGCCCACACCUGCCCCUGCUGAUGGGGGGCCAGGCAGCCCUGAAGCCGGAGCCUGGGCGCCCAGGCGAGGAGUCACCUGCCCCCAAGCAGGAACUGCACCAGCCCUCGUUCCCCACACCACAACUCUCCCCACUCCCGAUGCCUGGCAACCCUGCUGACUACAACGGCCUGUAUGGUCGGCCUGAGCUCACCGCAUUGGGCAACUUCUAUCUGUACUGCAGUCAAGACGGGCUGCAAUGUGGGGGUUACUCUUCCUGCCCCAUGCUCCCCGAGGGCAAGCUGUCACCAGUGGCUGCACCUAACGAGGGGCUUCUCUUGGCUCCAAGCUCAGUGCCUGCAGGCACCCCUUUCCAGCACCCUCCGUGGGGUUCUCGCUAUUGCUCCGACGAGGAUACUGGAGCAAAUGGCUACAGCAUCUGUGAAAUGUUGUCCACGUCUCUUACCCACAUAGGCACUGCCUGUGGCGGCUGCCCCUACAAAAUGCCUUUUGCAGCAGAAGGCUGCAGAUCCCUGGGCCAGCUGGAAUUUCCUCUCCCGGCAGCCGGCCACCCUGCCUCACCUGCCCACCCCCUCCUGGGGUGCCCUGUGCCCAGCGUGCCACCUGCAGCAGAGCCCGUCCCCCAUCUUCAGACACCCACCUCGGAGCCCCAGACAGUAGCCCGCGCGUGCCCUCAGAGCGCCAAGCCUCCUAGUGGCUCCAAGUCAGGUCUGCGCACGGGCUCCAGCUGUAGGCACACCGCGCGGAGCAAGGCCGCCCGCAGGCCCAGCCACCCCAAGCAGCCUCGUGUCCAGCGCCCACGCCCCCGCCGCCGCCGCCGCCGCCGCACUAAUGGCUGGGUGCCCGUCGGGGCUGCCUGCGAGAAGGCCGUCUAUGUCUUGGAUGAACCGGAACCAGCCAUUCGAAAGAGCUACCAGGCAGUGGAGCGGCAUGGAGAGACGAUCCGAGUCCGGGACACUGUCCUGCUCAAGUCAGGCCCUCGAAAGACGUCCACACCUUAUGUGGCCAAGAUCUCUGCCCUCUGGGAGAACCCCGAAUCAGGAGAGCUGAUGAUGAGCCUCUUGUGGUAUUACAGACCAGAGCACUUACAGGGUGGCCGUAGUCCCAGCAUGCACGAGAAUGAAGUGUUUGCAUCGCGACAUCAAGACCAGAACAGUGUGGCCUGCAUUGAAGAGAAGUGCUACGUGCUGACCUUUGCCGAGUACUGCAGAUUCUGUGCCAUGGCCAAGCGCCGGGGCGAGGGGCUCCCCAGCCGAAAGACCGCACUGGUGCCCCCAUCUGCGGACUACUCCACCCCGCCACACCGCACAGUGCCCGAGGACACAGACCCUGAGCUGGUGUUUCUUUGCCGCCAUGUUUAUGACUUCCGCCAUGGCCGCAUCCUCAAGAACCCCCAGUAG